AUGAGUGUCAAGCAAAGCCACAGAUCUUCUUCUGGCUCUUUGAGAGGCUUGGGAGGUGGAAGUUCUACGGUUACUCGCACGUCACAUGUGCAAUCAAGUGGAUCUUACAGAUCACCCAGCGUUCAUGGUAGCUUUGGCGGGAGAAGCUUAAGCGGUUCCCAUGGAUUUGGAGGUCUUGGAAGUGCAUCUACUGGAAGUGUCAACCUAGGUUUAGGUUAUGGUGGUGGCAAUGCUGGAAGCUUUAGCUCUGGCUUUGGAUCGGUCGGAGGUGGUGGUGGAAGCUUUGGAUCCGGGUAUGGUUUUGGUAGCGCCCAUGUUUCUGGAGGUGACAACAUUCUGAAUAUCAAUGAGAAGGAAACUAUGCAGCUUCUAAAUGACCGACUGGCAUCCUAUCUAGAAAAAGUCCACAGAUUGGAACAGGAAAACACACAACUGGAGAAGAAUAUUAGAGAGUGGUACGACAAACAGGUCCCAUAUACAUCCCCUGAUUUCCAUCCAUACUUUAAAAACAUUGAGGAUCUUCAACAUAAGAUCUUGCAAGCAAGUACCAACAAUGCCAGCAUCCUGCUUCAGAUUGACAAUGCUCGGCUGGCUGCUGAUGACUUCAAAACCAAGUUUGAAAAUGAAGCAGCUCUCCGCAUGGGUGUAGAGGCCGAUAUCAAUGGACUGCGCCGUGUCCUGGAUGAGCUGUUGCUGGCUAAGAAUGACCUAGAAAUGCAACUGCAGACUCUGAAUGAGGAGUUGACCUACCUGAAGAAAAACCAUACUGAGGAGGUAAACAGCCUUCGCAGUCAGCUGGGCGCCAGAGUCAAUGUGGAAGUGGAUGCUGCUCCUGCUGUGGACCUGAACAAAGUACUGUCAGAAAUAAGGGAUCAAUAUGAAAAUAUGAUGGCUAGCAACGUCAAGGAGGCUGAGAAGUGGUUCGUGGACAAGAGUGAAGAGCUGAACGUGCAGAUGACCAGCAGUGCCCAGCAGCUCCAGACACACAGCACAGAAAUCCUCCAACUCAAACACACAACUCAAAACUUGGAGAUAGAUCUUCAAACGCAAAACAGCAUGGCAACUGCCUUGGAGAACAGUUUGGCUGAGACAGAAGGUCGUUACUGCUCCCAGCUAGCUCAGCUGCAGGAUAUGAUUUCCAAUGUUGAGGCGCAACUGGCUGAGCUGAGGUCUGACCUGGAGAGACAGAAUUUCGAGUACAAAGUUCUCAUGGAUGUGAAGACACAUCUGGAAAAGGAAAUAGCAACAUACAGACAUCUGCUUGAUGGAGAAGACAUUCAGCGGGGCAAUUGGAAUUUAAGGAACAGUUCUAGUGUUACAUCAGGCUCAGGUGGCUCAGGAGGAAUGGGUGGAAUGAGCCAUUCUGGUAAUGGGAAACCAAGAACAAUAGUGGAAGACAUUCAUCAGUCCAAACAGAAUUAAUAUCUGGCACAGUAAUGUCAGCCUUGUCACAGACGCUUAUAUGGCACACAAUAGAAUUAUGUUCAGCCUUCUUCAUUCUUUCUUGGUUUCUUGUUCCUUUCAAGCAUAAGUGCUAGGUAACAUCAGUUAAAUGCAGUAUUUAGUCAAAACCCCAAAGUGAAAUGCUUACUUUAUUAUGACUUAUAGAUCAUGAGACACUAGCCAGUGGAGGGACA